AUGAGCUCUGACCAAAUAUAUAUUGUGUCAGUAGGAAAACAGAAGAAAUCCAAACGAAAGAAGAAGAACAAGAAAUGUUCAAGCUCAGAUUCUUGGAAAUCUGAUGUAGAAAACAUGAAACUAGCAAAUGAUGAUGAUAAACACAUCCUAGAGAAUAUUGAAAUAAAGAACUUGGGAGGAAACUAUCAAGACUCAAAAAACACACCAAGUACAGCGAAACAAACAUUGAGGCUUCCUCUAUUGGUCAGUGGUACAGUGGUGUCUACUGUUACUGAUGUAGUCUCUACCGUGAACUUUCCUUCAACAUCACAACAGUCUUCUGGACGAGCCUAUAAUGAAAUCUCUAAUAACCACUGUCAAGCCCAAGCAGUGGACAGCUCCUCAUUAGCCCAGCUCAAGAAUUUCCACGUGAAACAGAAGUUACCUUCCAAAAACAAGUCUCAACGCAAAAAUAGCAGUGGCAAACAAACGAGCAAAGUCAAAGAUGUUUUCAAAGUGACUUCAGAAAAUAAUAUACCAUUGUUAUCUUCUUCUACUUCAACUCAGAACAUGAUCAGUUCUAGACCGCUGUGUUCAAAUAGUAUGGACACUAAAAAUAAUAAUAAUGAAAGCCUCAGAUGGGAAAAUAUUUUAGAAGAUUCUGAAGAAGAACAAGAGCGUAUCAGAGUUUAUAAGAUGAACAGGAGAAAACGAUAUUUGGCAGAUGCUCAAGCCAAAGGAUUGAGCUGGGCAGUUAGCUACAGUGUUAGCUCACCUUUCCAAGUGUGUGAUAACAUAGCACUAACUAGUGUUAAGGCAAGCAGCACUUCAUACAUAGACUACAGACCAAUCAGAAAUUUUGGUAUGUCUCAGGUACACAGCAAGGGUGGAGUUGCCACGGUGGAAGGCUAUUGA